ACUACUGCUGCUGAUUGGCUGGGCAGCUAAGGGGGCGGGAUAACCCGGGGGAACCUGGAUUCUGGGAAUCCCGCUCCUCAUAUUAAACUACAACUCCCAGAAAGCAUUGAGGCUACGCGUAGACGACCACAUCGGCUGCUUUUCAUUGGUCUGGCGGCGGCGGAGGGCUGUUUUGAUUGGCUGAGGGUGGAGUUCGUAUGUGCUUGUUUAGCGCCACAGUGCUGGCUGCGGCUGCUGUGAGUUGUGUGGCUGCAGGUGGGCUCACGCGGUGAGUCAUAGUGGGGAACUUUCUCUUGGGUGUUUGGGGGGUUCGAUUCCCGUUUUUGGGGUCUUGAUGCAAACUGAAUCUCCCGAAUUUUCACUUUGGUUUUUGAGCUUGGUUUGGGGGAGGAGAGGAACGCGUGGGCGACUGUCUUCCUUCGUAGAUGAACUUCGAGGUGAAGUUCACUUCCCCUGUUACUUACAAGCUGAAACUGGCCCAGACGUGCAUGGUCGUAAUGUCUCGGGAGACGGAUGUGGAGGGUCAGCCGCCCCAUGGCAGUGGUGCCUGUUCACAGUCCCAAGGCAGCUUCUCGCAGUCUCAAGGCAUCUCCUCCCAGACACAUGGCUCCUCCUCACACUCGCAGGGCACGUCCAGCUCUUCCACCAACACAGCACCCACAUCCAGCCAGUCCUCUCAUUCCAGCUCGGGGACUCUGAGCUCCUUAGACACGGUGUCCACCCAGGAACUCUGUUCGAUUCCCGAGGACCAAGAACCGGAGGAGCCUGUCCCUGCCCCUUGGGCUCGAUUGUGGGCUCUUCAGGAUGGAUUCACCAAUCUUGAGUGUGUUAAUGACAGCUACUGGUUUGGGAGAGAUAGGAGCUGCGAAUACUGCUUUGAUGAGCCACUGCUGAAAAGAACGGAUAAAUACCGGACUUACAGCAAGAAACACUUUCGGAUUUUCAGAGAAAUGGGUCCCAAAAACUCUUACAUCGCAUACAUAGAAGAUCACAGUGGGAAUGGAACCUUUGUAAAUAGAGAGCUUGUAGGGAAAGGAAGACGCCUUCCUUUGAGUAACAAUUCUGAAAUUGCACUUUCAGUGUGGAGUAAUAAAGUUUUUGUAUUUUUUGACCUGACUGUAGAUGAUCAGUCAGUUUAUCCUAAGGAAUUAAGAGACGAAUACAUCAUGUCAAAAACUCUCGGAAGCGGUGCCUGUGGUGAGGUGAAGCUAGCUUUUGAGAGGAAAACAUGUAAGAAAGUAGCCAUAAAAAUCAUCAGCAAAAGGAAGUUUGCUGUUGGCUCUGAGAGAGAGGCAGAUCCGGCUCUCAAUGUUGAAACAGAAAUAGAAAUUUUGAAAAAACUAAAUCAUCCUUGUAUCAUCAAGAUUAAAGACUUUUUUGAGGCUGAAGAUUAUUAUAUUGUUUUGGAAUUGAUGGAAGGAGGAGAGCUGUUUGACAGGGUGGUGGGGAAUAAACGCCUGAAAGAAGCUACGUGCAAGCUCUAUUUUUACCAGAUGCUCCUGGCCGUACAGUACCUUCAUGAAAACGGCAUUAUACAUCGGGACUUAAAGCCAGAGAAUGUUUUACUCUCAUCCCAAAAAGAGGACUGUCUUAUAAAGAUUACUGAUUUUGGGCAGUCUAAGAUUUUGGGGGAGACCUCUCUCAUGAGAACCUUAUGUGGUACCCCUACCUACCUGGCUCCUGAGGUUCUUAAUUCCUUUGGGACUGCUGGAUAUAACCGAGCUGUGGAUUGCUGGAGUUUAGGAGUUAUUCUUUUUAUUUGCCUUAGUGGGUAUCCACCUUUCUCUGAGCAUAAGACUCAAGUGUCCUUGAAGGAUCAGAUCACCAGUGGAAAAUUCAACUUCAUUCCCGAAGUCUGGGCAGAGGUCUCAGAGAAGGCUCUGGACCUUGUCAAGAAGCUGCUAAUAGUGGAUCCAAAGGUGCGUUUUACGACAGAGGAGGCUUUAAGACACCCAUGGCUUCAGGAUGAGGACAUGAAGAGAAAAUUUCAGAAUUUGCUUUUUGAAGAAAAUAAGUCGACGACUGUACCCCAAGUCCCAGCCCAGCCUUCCACGAGUCGAAAGCGACUUCUUGAAGGGGAAGCGGAGGACGCUGACACCACAAAGCGUCUGGCUGUAUGUGCUGCUGUGUCGUGAACACUGGCUGAAUGAAAGCCACCUGCCUUCUUGGACCCUGCUGCCACUUUCUUGAAGUCUGUGUUUUAUAGUUUGUAUCGUAAUUAUGGGGACGGUUCCUUUUCCACGAUCAUCAAUACACAAUUCUAAACCUA